CAAUGGCCCAGUUCUACUAGAGCAGAAAUUAUGGCAGUAUUGACAUGCCUUAUAGUUUGUCCGCCUAAUAGUUUAAUUAAUAUUUUUACAGAUAGUCAAUGCACGAUCGAUACUUUUACAUCAUUAUCGAAUUAUAAAAUAACACCAAGACGAAAACAAAAGAUCAAUAACAUUAUUCUCUGGCAGGCUAUUCAACAAAUUAUAGCUGAGAUAAAUUUACAGGUACGAUUCACAAAAGUAAAGGCACAUUCAGGAGUUGAAUAUAACGAUAA